AUGAUUUUAGCAAUCUUAGUUUUUUGUACAUCAUUCAUCAAUUAUUCUAAAGCUGAUGCUUGGAGCAUUAUCACUCAAGAUAAUUGUUUGGAACAUCGUUCACUCUGUUUGCGAGAUGAACGUUGUAGUCGUCACUUUGAGAAUUUCGAAAGAACAUGUGGCUAUUCCUUAAGUAGUUGUUCCAUUCCAUCGCCUUCAGAUUGUGUCGUUAUCAUUCGUAAAAUACAAGAAUUUUUUCCUUAUCAGAAAUGUAUGUGCUAUGAAGCUUUAGGACUUACAGAGGACUGUGACUUUUUCCGAGAACUGAUAUGGAAUCAUCCAUGCGAGAGACGAUUGGAUGAAGCUGGUCGAAAACAUUUUCGUACUGAGAGGCUGAAUAUGCGUUCUAGUAACACCGACAAAGCUACAACUUUAACGCCGUACAGACGAAGAACAACCCGCAUUCCUCUCUCGGAUCAAGUGAGAGAAUGGAAAUCACAGCUGAGUGGAGAUCUGGAGACACGGGAAAUGUUGAGCAAAGGAACGUGCAAUGAAGCGUUAAACGAUGUUUGUUUAAAACAUGUUAGUUGUCGACAGCUUUGGCGUUUGUUUCGCACAAGUUGUGGUGUUAAUGAAGAAAACAAGUGUACAAUGGCUGAUCGAGAUAUCUGCUGGCAGUCGUUUGAAGGACUGACGUGGACCGGCUUAGGCAACUGUAGAUGUGAUUCAAGCAAUUCGGAUUGCCAUUGGAUUCGAUUACACACAAAUUAUAAUAAAUGCAUCUAUGAAAUCACUAAGAGUGGGCACCUAUCACCUGCUCGAUCAUCAUAUCAAACUGCUCAGCAGUACCAACAACGUUAUGAAACUCGAAUAGCAGAAGAUUAUAAAAAAAAUAAAGACGAAGCACAGUCGUACCAACAUCGUCCCAAGCCAACAGUUUCUGAGAGCCCGUCUCGAACAACAAGUUGGACAUCAAACUACAGUCAAAGCAAUAGAGUAUCGACAACUACAAUUCCAUAUACAUCUCAUUCCACUAGUAAUUCGAUUAGAACAACAAAGCCGUCAUGGAUGACAACAGAGAUAUCUAUUUUCUAUCGUCCUCUGUUCAAUAAGUCAACGGAAAGUCACACGGCUGGAAGCCCUUUCAAUGCUUCCAGGGAUAACUCAAGAUAUUCAAAUGACUUAAGAUCAACUGUUAGCUCUCAACAGUAUCGAGAAGAUGCGCUGAGAAAUGAUCGACACAAAGAAACAAUUAGGCAACAAACGCUAAUAAGUCAAAUGAGAAGCCAGCAGACGAGCCUAAUUGCCAAUAACAACAACCAAACAAGGCCAUCUGUAUCGUCAACUUCAAAUGGGAGAAGUCAAAUGAGCCACUCUUGGAAUAAUCCUAAUGCCGAGAACAGGCAAGGAACGGAUAGCUCAAGAUUUGAUAACAAACGAAGUGGUUUUGUAAUAAAAGCGCGUCAGCAGGAGACUACUCGGGAUUCGGAUAAUGAUCGUCAGACUUUUAAGAGCCGAACUUCCUCAGCCCAUAAUUCCUAUUCUUCUGAGCCUCAUAGCAGUCGUUCUCAACCAAAUUCAUCUCAAAACCUAUCGUCAUCACAGAGAAAGAGUUCGGAACAAAGAGAAUAUCAAUACGAAGGAAGUUAUCGAACAAACGAUGUAAAAAACUCCCAAAACUCUCGUCAACGUAAUAUGUCGAAAGUUAAACUAACAGCAGGGAAUAUAAGCACUACGACUCAUUCGAGUAAUGCUCAGAAAAUUGUUAUAAAGCCAAUCGAGCAAGAAAUAUUAACCACCUCUGACUCUUUAACGACUACUGAGGCUACCAGCGAUACGACGACUUUCGUUCCAAGUACAACGAAGCCUGCACCCACGGAGUUGAGAAUUGAAUUUCCACUAGGACUUGCAUUGAAAUCGCCCGCUCCAAGUUCAAGCUGUCAGUUAGCCUUAGCGAAAUGUGAACAAACAGAAGAUUGUCGUUGGCAUCUUGGUGAGCUGCGUGUUCGAUGUGGUCGAGCAUCAUGUCGUAGGGACGAUUGUGCUGCCGCUUUGCAACGAUUUUCAAGAUAUGUUCCAUAUGAACUAGUUGAAGCAAUUAUGUUUUGUCAAUGUUCCGCAAACGAUAUUAGCUGCUCAGAGCAUCAGGACAUUCUAUAUCCUAAAUGCCUGUAUUCUUCAUCUCAGCCAGUCCCUACGUGUACUCAGACAAAUCGAAAAUGUGAAUCGGAUGCCAAAUGCCGACACUUAUUCCGAUCUGUUUCAAAUUAUUGUCCAGUUGCAAAUGGGGAAUGCGUUGCUAACAAUCUUGCUCAAUGUAGACAGACCUUGUUGACUGCAAGAGCUUCUGUCUUGGAACAACCUUGUUUUUGCCCAUUUUCUGAUGUCGAAUGCAUUUCCUACCAAAGGUUAAUGAUUCCAAAUAAUCCCUGUAUAGGAAAAUCUAUGUUAGAUUAUUCACAUGUUUAUCGAUCUGAAAAUAGUCAUCAUUCAGUAGAAAAAUCGUCAACUAGUUUUGAAACCAAUAGGGUUCAAGAUAUAAUCCCCUUAUAUAAGAAUGAAGAUAGCUAUCGAGUUAAGGAUGAACAUGAAGAGCCUACGAAAGUUAAGCCUCUAACUUCCUCAACGACUUCCCAACCAAUGACAACAACAUCUCCCAUUGUUGGGGCAGAUGGACGAUAUGCUGGUAAGAAAACAACGAAGAAGUUUCGAACAACCACACUGAGCCCACCUACAACUUCUGAACUUCCUCCACCAUGGGUAACAACUACUACUGUUGCACCCACAACAACAACGACAUUCAUGACUCAUGCUCCUCCUCCUCCUGAGGGUUGCACAACUAGAGAUGCUAAUGGCAGGUGGAUAUUCGCUCCUGUUGGAACGAUAAUCAGGCGUUAUGUCGACUGGUCGGGAAGAUGUUCCUCUUGGUGUGAGUGUAUAACAGAGAAUGAGUUAUCAUGUCAGGUAGUAUCUUGUCUUGAAGAAGGACAAUGUGAGGCUCCAUUAACUCUUGUUGACUUCGGUGAGAGAAUAUACAUCAAGGAUCGCGGUGCAUGUUUCUGCGAAUCUUCUCACUUCAUUUGUGAAUAUCCUGAAGAAAUACCAGAACUUUAUCCAGGGUUGUAUAUAUCGGCGGGUUAUUCGAACCUGGAUAUCGAGAUGCUUCAAAAAGAAGUCCCUCACAACAUUUUGGAGAAAGCUGGUUUCUUGUCAGCUGAUGGAGCAAUUGAUAUUGCAAGUCGGCUACAGAUUGCCUUUGAACGAUUGUUGCCUGAGGAUAUUCAAUGCCGAGUUGUUCUUCUUCCCGAGAUCAGUGAUCCAGGGAGUGCUUUUCUAAGAGUUGAAUGGUAUGGAAUGAAUAAGCUGCUGAAUCACACAAAAACUCAAUGGCAUCACGGAGACGCUGAAAAGAUCUGCUCCCCUUUUGUAGUGAAGUUGGCUGAUCAAUUUGCUCAAGGCGAUUCCUUACGUUAUCAACUUGUAUUAUCAACGGUUAAACAAAUCAAGGUUAUUGACUUUCUCGAUGGAUUGCCGAUAUCGGGAGUUCCUGCUAUAGCGGUCUCGUUGCUCCAAAUCAUAUCUCUCACAAUCAUCAUCCACUUACUUUCCUGA